GAGAAACGCAGCUCCCAACAACAUAUAAGAAAGAGAAGAGAACCCAGAAUUUUUGCAUUUUCGUUGUGUUUGAAUUUUCCAAUCGUUAAGGCUACGCGGGGUUUAGCUUAUACUACGUGUGAGAACUGAACGCACUGCCAAAGAUAGAAAAUAUCAAGAUUUGGCCCGUUCUUUAAUCCUCUUCUCUCUCCAAUUCUUUCUCAAACCGAAACCUCCACUCAAUGUAUUUCACCUGCUGCUAUUCCUUCCUCAACAGCAGCAGUUCAGGUUCUGGGGUUAUUGUCCAAUAGCCUCCAAAUUCAAAUAGCUAAUAAGAAAGAAUGGAAAUAUGUUACCACGCUCACAUCGAUCGCGAGAUUGAAUCGCUCAUAGAAAGAAUACAUCCUCCCAGGGUCUGCAUCGAUAAUGAUUCUUGCCGAGACUGCACUGUGGUGAAGGUAGACAGUGCAAACAGGAAGGGGAUAUUACUGGAGAUGGUCCAAGUGCUGACAGGUCUUGAUCUCAUCAUUUCCAAAUCAUACAUUUCCUCCGAUGGUGGAUGGUUUAUGGACGUGUUCCACGUGACUGAUGAAGCUGGCAAGAAGCUCACAGACGAAACGCUCAUGCUCCACAUCCAGCAGGAACUGUGCGUGACAAGAAACAAAGGAGAGAUUUCAAGGGAUAGAGAAGGAGGUAGUGAGAAAGGAGCAGAGGAAGAGGUGGUGGGAAAGGAGAUAACAGCGAUGGAGAUGAGUGGGGUGGAUCGAGCUGGCCUACUAUCAGAGCUAGCAGGAGUGUUGGUUGAGCAGGAAUGUGUCGUUACCGCUGCAACUGCAUGGACCCACAACGACAGAGUGGCCUGUAUAAUAUUGGUGGAGGAUGCGUUAAAAGCAGGGCCCAUAAGCGACCCAAAACGGCUGGGCCUAAUGGAGGAGCAGCUGGAAAAUGUGGUGGCGGCCCAUAGGGGAGAGAGGAAGAGGGUGAGGGUGACGAGGUUGGGGGCGGGGCACACCCACAGGGAGCGGAGGCUCCACCAGCUGAUGUACGCGGACAGGGAUUACGAGAGUUGCCGCGCGUGUGACGGGGACAGUAGCGGGGCACACAAGAAGGGCUGUGAUGGGACCCACGUGUCUGUCGGGAAAUGCGAGGACAAAGGGUACUUGGUGGUUAACGUGAGAAGCAGGGAUCGUCCUAAGCUCUUGUUCGACACCGUGUGCGUGUUAACGGACAUGCAGUAUGUGGUGUUCCACGCCGCCAUCAGUUCCAAGAGAUCCAUGGCUCAUCAGGAGUACUACAUAAGGCAGAUGGGUAGUUCAGGUAUUCCCAGCGAAAGCGAGAAGCAAAAACUAACCUUAUGCUUAAUCGCUGCAGUGGAGCGCAGAGUGUCGCAUGGAUUGAGAAUGGAUAUUGUAACUGAAAAUAGAGCGGGGCUACUGUCGAAUGUGACGCGGGUGUUUCGUGAAAAUGGGUUAUCCAUAUCGAGAUUUGAGAUCGGAACGGAGGGAGGAAAAGCGGUAGGAUCAUUCUUUGUGACAGAUUGUUCAGGUGAAGAAGUGAACCCAAAUAUCGUUGAAUUGGUGAGACAAGAGACCGGUGGAUCCGUCGUUAUUGAUCACAAGUCGCCCCAUAGACUUCAUCAAUCAUCGUCCUCCUCCUCCUCUGUUAUACACCAAACCACCGACACAGAGGAAGGCAAGCCAAAAUUCUCACUCGGAAGCUUGCUAUGGUCUCGAUUAGAACGCCUCUCCAGCGGUUUUGGUCCCAUUAGAUCCUGACAACCUUAUUCCCCCUCAAUUAUUUUCUUUACUUCAAUCAAUGUCGCUCCUAAAUAGUUCUGUACAUAGACUCUUUUUUUUUUUUUUUUAAUUUGCCUUUUUCCUUUUACUUUGAAGAGUGAGCAGCUGGCCACAUUAUAAGCAUGCGUUUUUAUUUUAUGGUCAUUGUACACAUUCUUCUCACAUCAAUAUCAAGGUCGUUACACGAUCAGAAAUGA